UACGUCACAGGAGAAGGUAGCUGUAUAGAACUGCUAAAAAUAUUUAAAAUUAAAAAAGGAAAAUUAGAAACUAAAUUACUCGUAGUACAAUAAUAUCAUAGGGAAAUUGAAAUGGCACCUAAUCUUGUGACCAAUUAUGGAACUUUCACCGUAACCCUGGAAGAUCUUGAAAAACUAAUUUCUCCCCAAGAGAUUGAGUGGUUGGAACAAAAGAGAAGCGAGCAGAUGCAGUUGAAAUUCGAUCGUGAAAUAGUUCAGGAAAAUCUGGAUAAACUGUUGCAUCGUAUCUAUGAUCUGGACGAUCAGCUGGAUAUGGAACCACUUAGCGAUGAGGAGUUCCAAUCUCAGGACUCCCUGAGGAACAAGCUGAAUCUGCAGCAUCAGCAGAUGGCCGAGCGACUUGUUCGGAUUGGCAAACAACUGGCCAGGGCAACAUUGGAACUCAAGAAUCGGGGAAAUGCAGUCUACGAGGAUCUAUUAGCCAGGGGAGUAAUAUAAAAGUACAUAAUUUAAAUUUGUAUUUUAUUAAGCUGAGGAAAAUCAAAAUUUUGGGUUCAUAAAUAUUUUUUAUAAGUUUUAAA